GGCUGAGAGCUGCAGCCGCCCAGAUAGCUUUGUCGGCCGAGCAGGGAUUUACACCAUUUUCGUUUCCACAACCCUGUAAUCCAAGGGAGACUGGCGUAAUAGGUUCCUCAGUGAGCUUUGGGUCCGGGUUCCACCGUCACAGCCUUGCAAGGCGGGCUGGUCUGAGAGCGGCUGGCUCAAGGCCACCAUCAGCCAAAGAGCUUCCUGCUGCCGAGUUCGACUUCAAACCAUUUUUGUCCUCUCGCACAACCCUGCGCAAUAGGUCAGCCUGAGAGAGAUUGUGAGUGGCAACACCCGUCACCCCGUGAGCUUAAUGGCCAAACCAUUUCGGCCUCCCAAAAACCCUGUAAAGCAGUCUAAGCUGACUCAUCCUCCUCAGGGUGGCCAUUUGAACCCAGGUCUUCCUAGUCCUAUUUCCCCACACUAUAUUAUUAUUAUUAUUUCUCCACGGUGGUGUACAUGGUUCUCCCCUCCACCAUUUUUUCCUUGCACAACAACCCGGCCAGGUAGGUGAGGCUGAGGGGACAGUGGUUGGCCUGAGGAGUCAGACUAAAACCAUGACAGAAACCUUUACUGUAUUGGGUUUUGAGAGUGAGUUUUUACUGACUGGCUUCUGUGGAGUGGAAAAAGCAAAAACUGGGCCCUCGUCACGUUUGGAGGUUUUGGGGGCGAACUGAGGGCAAAAUGGCUCUCCUUUUCCCCGCGCGCGAACUAUUUCGCCAGGCGGAGGGAGCCGUUUAUUGAUCACGUGGCCUUUCACCUCCUUCUCCCGGCGUUCUCAGCGGAGGCUAUUUGUGACAAGCGGAGGAGGAGGAAGAGGGAUGGGCUUCUUGAUAUAGAUCUAUGUUUUCUCCCUCCUUCCCCCCUCCCUCUCUCUCUCUCUCAUAACGCCUUUCUUUCUACUCGCGCAUGCGCGAGAAGCCGCCAGACGGAUCCUCCCCUGUUUCUCUUUCUCUAGGGGUGAGGGAAGCGCGCCGUCCUCUCCCCUCCCCUCGGCUGCGUGCCGAGGAGCGCGAGGCGGAGGAAGGAUUUAAAAUACGGGGUGGGGAGAGAGGAAAGGGGUGGAGCGUACAUAAUAAAACGCCGAGAGAGAGCCAUGGUGGGCGGAGCCAAAGGGCGAGCGAAACGGCCGUGCGCUGAAGUAGGGAGGGGAGGAGGAGGAGCUCGGCCAAGCAGUUAAUCUGAGAGGAAGGUGGUGGCGGAGGGGAGAGUGGGCGGGGUUGAGGAGAUGAAGGGUGGGAUGUGGGCGGGGUUAGGGGAGUGAGGGGCGGGGCAAACCGAGCGGUUGGUUGGGGGCGGCGGGUGGGGAAGAAGGGAGGGCUGGCCGGCCUUUUUCCCUGCCUCUCGCGAGAGGAGGAGGAGCUAAAGCCGGACGAGGAGGCCCGAGGUCUGCUGUAGCAGCGCUCCUGAAAGGGGUGGGCGAAGGAAGGAAGGGAAGAGAGACCGGCCAAAAAACUGCCUGUCCCUUUUGAGGUUUGUGCGCACAUGCCAGUCCCGGCUGCGACAGGGGCAGCAGAGCCUCAGCCAAUAGCAAAAGUGGGUUGGGGGUGGGAGGCAUGGUAAAUUUGCAUAUAGGUGUGGAGCCCGACAAGGAAAUUUGGAGAGGGGUAUUUGAUUUUUUUCUCUCCCUUACACCUUAGUUAGCCCCCUCCUUAUUUAUCCCCUUCUUAGAAGGAUUAAUUCUUCCUGUAGGUUUUUUUCCUUUCUACUCCCCCCCCCAAAGGUUCUCCCGAAUCUCUUUUAGGGGUUAAGCCUUAAGAUCGUGAAGGAUAGACCUUGAGCGGGCUUUUUUUGUUGUUGCUUUAAUUAUUUCCUUCUAACGUCUUCAGGGUGCAUGGCGGUUUGCAAGCUGCAGAGCAACAGGUCUUUGCCCCGAGGUGUUUGCAUUUGGAAAGAUUUUUUUAAAAAAUCGACAUCAGAGGGAGUGGGUGAAAGUGGCUUUAAGGAGGUUGAAGGGGCUGAAGCAGAGAAGCAAAAAAGGGAGUUGGCUGAUAGGAUGAACCCCACUCUUUCUCCCUUAUUAAGGAAAGUCUCCCCCACAGUUGGUUUGACGGGAUGAGGGUGAAGAUAAGGAGGAUUUAUUCAAAUGUGAUGGUGGGAAGGAGACAUCAUUUUAAAAUUUGGCGCGUUGGAUGGGUGCAUACAUGUGCAUACAUCUAUAUGUGCAUGAAGCUUGUGGAUAACUGUAGAAUGGCAGCAAUUCUGCCCCACCCCAAAGAACACCCAUCUUUUUCUGAUCCCCCCCCUUUUUUUUACAUGCCUGCAUUGGUUGGUAUCACAGAAAUGCCUGUGCAAGCUUGAGUGGGAGCUUCAGUCAAUCCUGGUGCCUUGAUUAACAUAUCUGUAUGUAGCAUUUGCAUAGCACAGGUUUUCAUUAGGUGUUGGUUUGAACCCUCUUGAUUGUAGAUUUUAAUUGUAGGUUUUAAAAUACUAUGUGUGACAAGGGCUUGACUGUGUACCUGAGGCAGGCUAUUUAUUUGUAAAGAGGAAUUAUUCUGUGCAUUGGGUGAACAGUUUAAACCUGCAUAUUUCUUAGCUGGAAAACUGCUGCUAGUUAGUGUACAGUUCUGGGCUAGAUGGGCCCUCAGUCUGACUCUGUAUAAGGCAACUUUUUGUAUUGUGGCAGUCGUGGUCACAGUAUUUCACUGUAUCAUUUUUGAAGGUGGCAUAGAGCUAAGGAGCAUAUGCAUUCUUGGGGUUGUAUCUAAAGCUAGUCCUACUCAGAGUAGACCCAUCACAGAUAACAUACAGAACUAGGGUUUGUUAAUUUAAAUGGGUCUUACUCACAGUAAAACUGAGUUUUAUGCAACCGUUGGUCUUGAGGUAGUAUGUCUCUAAAUCAGUGUUUCUCAAACUUGGGUUCCCAGCUGUUGUUGGACUAAAACUCCCAUCAUCCCUGGCCAGUGGUCAUACAAAUCCUCAAAUUACAGUAUUUGAGGGUUUUUCCUGCGUUCUCCUUUGGCUCAGUGAAUUUGGGCUGAUGGAAGAGGUCUCUGCUCCCUUGCUAGGAGCCAUAAGCAUCGCAGGAAAUAAGUUUUAGGAACAUCCUUGCAAACGAAGGCUGAACUGUUCUUUGAUGAACUUCCUCUUCAUACCUGGUGUGUCCACUGCUCUGGCUUUUAACAGCCAAGCCUUUUGGAAGGUGCCAUUCUGUGUGUUGCGUUUCAGCACUUUGUUAUUUACUACUGUUACUAAGGGUGAUCUGCAAUGUGGAUGAGCAUCAGGGAGCCUGCAAAGCUCCCUCUUUCCUAGUCAAGCCAGUGAUAAAAUGAAGGUUACUGAAAUAAUGGGUGCCUGUUUUCUUGUGCUGAGACCUUUGUGGAAGAAGGGCAUCCCUUGCCCGCUAUCAAAAUAAAGCCUCACAAUGCUAUUGCCAAAGAUUUAAGGUGUAAUAGACAUGACUAACUAGCUUUAUUUUGUUGGAUUCAACAUAGAUUUAUUUAUUUCAGCUAUUUAUAUACUGCUUAAUCCUCAGAGCAUCUUGAGGGGUAUACAGUGAUUUUACAGAAAUAUACACUCUGUGUGUAUAUAUAUAAUAUUUUAAUUGAUCAAUUGUACAUACUGCAUUUUUACUGUAUAUUUCUUUUGUAAUAGCGUUAACACUGUUCACUGCUUUGUAGGCUUUUCUAAUGCAAGCCCUACUCGGCUUUGAGCCAUUGAAAAUAAUGGACAAUGCUAACUUGGGUUGAUUAAUUUCAGUGGGUGUGCUCUUGAGUAAAAAGUGGCUGGAUACAACCCUAUCAUAAACAAACUAUGCCAUACCAAAAUUAAUAAAAACAGGAGAUGGGAGUAAAUACGUCUACUCUUUCUCUGACCUACACUUCAAUGUUUUUGUCCCCCAGUGACCCACCCCCCUUUCACAAACUCCAAUAUCCCACUUUUGGUGUCGUUUUCUGGCUUAGACGUAUUAAUGAGCUCUUAGAUUUUCCAGAAAUUCCUAGACCUGACAGUUCACUGGCUGUAAGAAUAGAAAGCAGAAGCCCUUUGGGGGGGGGAAUCCAGGGUAAAACUCUGUGAAGUGUCCUCUUCUUCCUCCCCCUGCCCCCCUGCCCCAAGCGGCCUUUGCAUUUUAUUGGGGGCACUCUCAUUCAGAGGAUCUCCCCAUGCCGAAUCAUCCAAUGCGGCAAGGCAGGCUGAGUUUCCCUCUUGUGGUGAAAGUGCGGUGGCGAAACCAGAGCUUGCAUUUACUUGCCUGGGGUUUGGCUGUUUUCAGGCUAGGAGCUGGGAGGAAGAAGCAAGAGUAGCGGCGUCGGCAGAGAUGGCGCGGCUGGUGGCAGUUUGCAGGGACGGCGAGGAAGAAUUCCCCUUCGAGAGGCGACAGAUCCCCCUCUACAUCGAUGACACCCUGACGGUAAGCGGCGGUUGGGCAAGUUGGGCUGUGCGCUGGGUGCACGGAGGAAUUGCAACAUACCGAGGCAGUAUUUUGCAAUGCCUAGGCGAGCUCUCUCUCUCUCGCACCCCCCUCCCGCUCCACUCCACCGCCCUCCCCGGGCUCUAGAAAGGCCUCAGCCCCGCCUUGGAGUUCUCCCAGGACAGUAAUUGGUGCGCUUUGCUGCACACACUGUUGCAUCAAUUGUGCACAGUGCGCUUUCCCCCUUAACCAUGUCUCUGACACACGCGCAUGCAGGGGGGGGGGAGCCACACACACACACAUACACACAGACGGCCUAACCAGAAGAUAGUCGUAGCCAUUUUGGAACCUAGGUGUCUGCAAAGAAGCGGGAGGCCUCUGGUGGUUUUGCCUGACGCCUGAAAGGCGAGAAGGUUUCUGUGCUUCUUACGUGACCUAUUAGCUGUCUUAUCACUCAGGCCGUCUCCGUCCCAAAAUCAGUUCGUGAACUUUCCAGGAUUCGGUUGCAAGUGGCCGUGCUCCGUGCAGUUGUGUGGCUUGAGGUUUUGUGUGUGUAGCUAUUGUGUGGUGUUCUUUAAAAAACAACAAUGCGCUGUGCAGCUGAAAAGGAUUUCCUCCUAGCAUUACUCUUGCUCUUAUUUUUUGCAUUUGUAUCCCACCUUCCUCUCCGAAGAGCUCGAGGUGGCAUGCACAGUUCCCUCUCUCCUCAUUUAACCCCCACAACAACCCUGUGAGGUGGGUUAGCUAACCCAAGGUGGUCCAGUGAGCUUCAUGGCCAAGUAGAGAUUUGAACCUUGGCCCCGCAGGAACUAGCCUCUGCACUGCACUGGCUCUUGAAAUGGUGCAAGAAGCAUUUUGGACAUAUUACUCAUAUUUAUGUAAGGAGCUUAGUGACCUGACAUGCAUUUCAGGACAGUUUGGGGGAGAGGAAGUGGUAUGAGAUGAUCCAAAUUCUGUGACAGCAAAAACUAGAGCUCCCACCUCCAGAGAGGAAAUGUCUGUCUUAUUCUGCAGCCUUUGGUUUGAUAUCCCAAAGGUGGAUGUGUGUCUGGCACUUGGGGCCUGACGCUUGGAUUAUCCACUGUCAGAGGGAGGUUUGGUUAGGAAAGACCAAACUCUCCCACCAUAUUCUCAGGGCCAAAUACAGACUACUUGUGAUUAUGGGAGUCUUAAUUUUUGAGUAAGCUGAAAUCAGCUUCCAAAAAAUUGUAAGCUUCUAAAAGAUGCUCAGGCUCUGAUUUUGGUGAACCUCCACCAAGAGGAAGUUACCCAGGAAAAGGAAAUUGCUGGGCAGCUUCUAAGAUUACAACUCAGCAUCCCAUGGCGGUCCCUGGUGAUGUGGUUUAAGAAUGUAGGAGGAGCCCUGCUGAGUCAGGCCAAUGGCCCGUCUUGUCCAGCAUGCUGUUCAAACCAGAUAACCACACGCAGGACCUGAGUGGAACAACACUACUCUCCCACCUGUGAUUCCCAGCAGCUUUUAUUCUGGACCUGGCAUGCUGGAGAGAGCACCAAGCCAUUGUGGCUUAAUAGCCUUCUGCUCCAUGAAUGCCACUAUCCUUUGGCACUCUCUGAGCCAGGUCCUCUUUCCUGGUUUAACCUGGACAACUGGACGGCACCUUUUAACAGCAAAUUUCUAUGCCUCUUAAGCCAUUGUGCGUGUCAUGCUGAAAUUCCCUCUUCUGCACCACUGCUGCAAGAUGUAGCUGUGUCCUCAUACACAUCUCUCUCCCUCCCUUCCCCCCCCCCCCGCAUAAGAAGCAGAUGUGCCCGCAGCCUGGACCUCACUUGGGGCCUCAUUCUGCACAGGGAACUUCCUUCUUCUUCCUGUAUGCAGAUUAUGUCAUAAUAUGUUUGGAUCCGGUAGUUAAUCCACCUGCUGCAGCCAGACUUAAUGGAGUGAUGAUUAAAGCUAUGUAUACGCUACACCUUUAACAUUCUUUCCCUCAAAGAAUUCUGGGCACUCUAGUGCACGCCUCCCCGAGUUUCAGUGCCCAGCAACCCUUAACAAACUAUGGUGCCCCUAAUUAUUUGAGGAAAAGAACGGUCUUCAAACAGGCUUUAGAGACAUAGCAUGUACAGUGGUACCUCUGGUUACAAACUUAAUUCGUUCCGGAGGUCCGUUCUUAAGCUGAAACCAUUCUUAUCCUGAGUCAUGCUUUCACUAAUGGAGCCUCCCGCUGCGCACGCACCUCUGGCGCACAAUUUCGGUUUGCAUCCUGGGGCAAAGUUUGCAACCAGGAGCAGCUACUUCCGGGUUAGCGGAGUUCGUAACCUGAAGCGUUCAUAACCCGAAGCGUUCGUAAACAGAUGUACCACUGUAUACAGCCUUACAAAGCUGCAAUCCUAAACACCCUUAAUUGGCUAGGGCAUAAGACCCCAUUAGACACAGUCAGCGUUAGAAAUUAGCCAGGCGCCAAGUGUGUUUUGCUAUUGGCAUGGGUCCAAUUGCCACUAUGUGGAGAUUUCUGAGCGACCAUAGUUGAAAAACCUCUGCCUUAGUCCAUAGUUAACACCAUUUCCAUUUCCACAGUAUGUGUUUCUCCAUCCUGGGUACUGGGACAAGUGAAUUGUUGUAAGAGCAAGCUACAGUCAAGCAAUGUAGUUGAGACCAUAGAAUUGUAGCGUUGUAAGGUACCCCUGGGGGUCCUCUAGUCCACCGCCGGGCAAAUAAACAUUCUGUUGUGGUGACCGUAACCUAGCUUAUAUAUCAGAGUUUCUAACAUUGGACAAAGAGGCAUAUUUAACUUCCCAGCAAAAAAAUGGCUAGGAUUUCACUGUACUUGAAUAACUCUUUGAGAUGUCGAACAUCUCAAAAGGGGCUGAAAUGGGUCACUGUGUGUCCUGCAAUGUGGUUACCAGUUGCAGGCCUUAGAUUUGGGGACUCGGCGUUAUGGCUAGGUGUCUGCUGUAGCCCCAAGCUCAGGUGAGGCUUGUUACAUUUUGGUGGAAGGAUUUGGAUGAGAUGAACCAUUUUACCUGGUUCCUGCUGAACUGAAAGCCUCCUCUUGAUCUAAGAACUCUCUUACAUUUGAGACUUAAAAGCUUGGUCUAAAACACCUGCAGAGCCCCAAGCUGGGGACACCCUGAUGAAUGUGUCACUUCAGAAGCUGGCUGUGAAAGCUUCCCUCUUGUUCUGCUGCCUCUGUGCCUCCAGCUUCUCCCUGACCAAAGCAUCCUUCCCACAGCUGCCUGGACUUGGACAAUGGCAGCCGUGCAAAUCCAUACUAUUUGCUACCUUCCAAAUAUAUUUGAUAGGGACGCGGGUGGCAUAGGGAGCAGCAGGAGAAGGAUGCAGUUCAGCAGCUUCUGGACCAGACCAUGAAGAGUAUAGAGGACACCAAAUCUUGCCAAAAAAUUGGUAUGCCUAACCCUAACCCUAGCCCAGAGCUGCCCACAGUGGCUGGGGAAACCCAGCCAGGUGGGCCGGGUAUAAAUUAUUAUUAUUAUUAUUAUUAUUAUUAUUAUUAUUAUUAUGGCAAGGCUGGCAGGGCACCCAUGUGUCCCACUGCAUCACCUGCCCCUGCGGUGGUGGACUUGGCUGAGAAGCUCAUGGGUGCUCUGGCAAGAGCUCAAAGUCUGGCCUACAUUUUACUUCCAUCAUCCUUCUCCAUCCAAUUUUCCUUUAAUGAUAGUAGACCAUUAAAUAGUAGAUCAGAAGCCACGAUUUGGUUUUCAAACGUUUUGGAAGUUGAACGGACUUCCGGACCGCAUUUCGUUCAACUUCCAAGGUACAGCUGCACUUCAUCUAGGGGGGCAACUAUGCCCAUGGCAGGAUAGGAAGUACCAUAUGGCACAGCCUUGAGUUCCUUAGAAGAAGGGCAGGGUUUAAAAAAAUCUCAAAAACCCAUGAGGAGGACCAAGCUACGCUCUGUACAUUUUACAUGCAACUCCAUUAUGUGCAGAAGAAUGCAAGUCGCAAUGCUUCCUCAGGGUUAAACCACAGAGCCUAGGACUUGCUGAUCAGAAGGUCAGCGGUUCGAAUCCCUGCGAUGGGGUGAGUUCCCGUUGCUCGGUCCCUGCUCCUGCCCACCUAGCAGUUCGAAAGUAUGUCAAAGUACAAGUAGAUAAAUAGGUACCACUUCAGCUGGAAGGUAAACGUUGUUUCCGUGCGCUGCUCUGGUUCGCCAGAAGCUGCUUCGUCAUGCUGGCCACAUGACCUGGAAGCUGUACGCCGGCUCCCUCGGCCUAUAGAGCGAGAUGAGCGCCGCAACCCCAGAGUCGGCCACGACUGGACCUAAUGGUCAGGGGUCCCUUUACCUUUACCUUAAAUAUAUUUGGUAGUUGUCAACAGUCAACGCCUACCAGGAUGUACCAAGAGUCAACGCAUACCCUAGGUGGGCAGCAGCUUGCAAGCCUGCUAGAAUUGUGGGCAGGGAGGGAGAGAGAGCUGGUGCCGGUCGAUGUAGACCAGAAGCAUAGCGCACCAGGUAUUUUGGACUGCAGCUCCCAUAAUCCCUGGCUGUAGGUCAUGUUGGCUGGGAAUGAUGGGAGUUGUAGUACAGCAACAUCUGGAGGGCUCUCCCAAUACCUGAUAACCUGGAUAUGCCAGGAUUUGAACUUGGGGCUGCUCUGCUGCUGAGCUGUGUCCUCUUCCCUUUGCAUGAGUGUUGCUCAGUUUCUGUGUCAAGGCCCAUAUCCUUUCCUUUGAUAUAGUUACUUUGAUAUGGUGAUGGGCUACUAUAGUGCAGAGCUAGUCCCCUCCCCUCUAUGCAGUGUUAGAAAUUAGCCAGGGGCCAGGUGCGUUUUGCAACUGGCGCAGGUCCAGUAGCAACCACAUGGAGAUCUCUAGAUGCCAGGUUGGCGGCCAACAUUUCCAUCUAACUGGCCCCUCCAGCUUUCUUAAGCAGGUAAACAGGAGAGCUUAUUUAUCGCAUUUAUACCGCACCUUUUCCUCCAAGCAGUACGUGGUUUGGCUUCCUCAUCUGUUAAUCCGUGCAUCAACCCUGUGAGGUAGGUUAAGAGACUCUAACUGGCCCCAGGUCACUCAAUGAGCUUCAUGACUGAGGGGAUUUGAACCCUGAUCUUCCGUGUCCUGGUCAGACACUGACCACUACACCACACUGGCUUCCUAGAGCACUUCUGCUAUGGGUCAGCUCUGUAAAUUAAGUAGGCAAAUAAAUAUGGGGAAAGCCAAAAGUCGCUUAUAGAAGGAUCUGAAAUAUUUUCCUUGAAGCUUGAAUUUGUAUUAUUUGAUGUGUUGUAAACCGCUGCUCUGGUUCACCAGAAGCGGCUUAGUCAUGCUGGCCACAUGACCCGGAAAAACUGUCUGUGGACAAACAUCGACUCCCUCGGCCGGUAAAGCGAGAUGAGCACGCAACCCCAGAGUUGUUCGCGACUGGACUUAACUGUCAGGGGUCCCUUUACCUUUACCUUUAAACCGCUUGAGAUUUUUUAUUUAAAAUAUAAAGCAGGGUAAAGGUAAAGGUACCCCUGACUGUUAGGUCCAGUCGUGGACGACUCUGGGGUUGCGGCGCUCAUCUCGCUCUAUAGGCCGAGGGAGCCGGCGUUUGUCCACAGACAGCUUCCGGGUCAUGUGGCCAGCAUGACUACGCCUCUUCUGGCGAACCAGAGCAGCACACGGAAAUGCUAGUAUAGCACGGGAAGCUAGUAUAGAAGUGAAAUCAAUAGUAAUAAUAAUAAUAAUAAUAGUAAUAAUAAUAAAUAAAUAAAUAAAUGUUGUUGGAAAAAGGCACCUAGGCCUUCCAUCGUGGCGACUGUUACCUAGGUUUAAGGUGCCAUUUGGCAAUUAGCUUAUAUAUCUGAGUUUCUAACACUGUCUGUUUGGAAGAGCUGUCCCCACCUACUUUUAAAUACUUCUGUGAACGUCGCAUAGGGCUAGAGAAAGGGUUAAGCAAAUAUUUUAGAAAAGCUCCCCUCAUUCCUGGCCCGUAGCCACAUUGGCUGGGGCUGAGUUGGGAACCCCCAACAACAUCUGGGUGCUGGUGGUAGCAGGUUCCCCAACCUCAAAGUUUAAAGGACAGAAAAGAUCCUUGCAAAUCAAAGGAGUCUGUGUUUGUGCUCAUAAGGCAGUGGGAAUGUUGGAUUGGAUCAAAGUUCACUCCUUUGCCUUCUGGGAGCAUGAGUCAUUCUUCUCUUCUCAGUGACCUCUGACCUUCUGAAGGAUCAAGGCUGCCACUUGCAAGAUAAGGUUUUCUGUGGUUGGCUUCGAAGAGGGAGAUCUGGGGUGGAGUUGGGGAUUGGUAAGGUGUGCUCCUCGCCUUCCAUAAAUUCAUUGUGGGGAUUUCUUCCCCUUGUCCUCCAAACACUGAGUGGCUUUCCACAUAAGCCAGAUAUACAAUAAGCACACAAGCAGUGAAUCUAGAGAGUAGUAUAAAAACAGCAAUAUAUAUAUUUAUUUUAUUUUAAGAAACCAGAUUAGGUGAGAAGCUCUGGGGACAUAAAAUGGUCUUUGACUUUGUGAUGAAAAAUGAAACCAAACAGGGAGAAGCAAAUUUCUCCAUUUCAGUUUCUUCUUCUUCCAGUCUUAAAUUCAGCUCUCCAGAAUUCCACAUCAGUUUGAGGUUGUUGCUUUUUUAAGAUCUUCAUGAAAAUGACUAUGAAAAUUCUUCAACGUUUGCGUCUGAAUUUCUAAUGCACAUGUCUUUGUAUGCAGCUUUGCUGAAUAUUCCCAUUUUUGCUAGCCGUUUCUCCCCCAAAUACAAUGUAUUUUUGUACAUUAAUUUCACUAAUAUGUGCUUUUAAAAAUGUACACCUGACCUACCAUGUGCAUUUUUGUGCAUAUGACUUGGUUGGGGAACUGCAUUGCAAAAUUCGGUGAAGUGGCAAGUUGUGAUGGAUAGCUGAGUUGGUGCAAAUUAGGUAGAGUCUCAUUUAGAUUCAAACCAGGUCGAAUUUAUCUCCCAUCCCCUCAAGGUAGGCAUGGGGGCGGGGGGGGAUCUCCUUUGGAAGGUUGUUCCAACAUCAAGGUGCCACUACUGAAAUGGUUCUUCUCCCAGUUAACCACCCAGUGCACUUCAGAGGACAGUGGCACCACAGAGAGGAGAAGGUAAUGAAAGUAGGAGACUCUAGUCCAGUUUGCUGCGUAUGUGCCCAAGAGGCCUCUACCGCUCCUUCUAAUUUGGACCUGGGAUAUUGGUUUGGUUUUGCUCCCAUGAAACCACGUUGCAGAACAAACCUUUACUUAUAGAUCAUGGUUUGUUAAGAGCAGAUCAAACCACAGCCCUUGGUUCAGGCAGGUUGCUAAGUUGGAAAUUGGGUCCCAGUGUGAAUGGGGAGGAUGAAGUGGCCGCAGUUUUGCUUAUGCUCAGUAAACCAUGGUUUGUGGCUUACUGUGAUGUGUGAACUUUGAGCGAAAUAACUUGGGGUGCUGUGAAAUCCAGAAGGACAAAUGCUAAGAAUAUUUUUGCAUGCUCAUAAUUGAGGCAGGGCUGUUUCGGAUGUGGGCAUGUGCUGUAGUGGCAUGAAACCGUGCAGGGUGGUAAUUAAAAGUAAUAUUUCACAGGGCAGGAGCUCAGACCUGCACACCAACUAGUUGUCACAGUUAUGCCACAGUUGCAAAGCACAUGGAAUGCUGUCUGCGUAGGGUAACUUUUGGACCUCUUUGAACAACUGCAGAGCCAAAGUACACAGAGAAGAGAAAAUGAAAGAGAACUCAUUUUUAGCUAGGCUGGUUUAACGCUACUUAUAGUUACAUAGAAUAAAGAAUUGUAUAGUUGGAAGGGAACCAAGGGUCAUCUAGUCCAACCCUUGCAAUGCAGGAAUCACAGCUAGUUAAUCCCUGACAAGUGACCAUCAAACCUCUCUUUAAAAACCUCCAGUGAACGGGAGCCCACCAUCUUCUGAGUUAGUCCCUUCCCCUUUUGAACAGCUCUUACCAUCCAAAAGUUCUCUUUAAGGUUGAAUUGGAAUCUCCUUUGUAGCAAUCUGAAUCCAUUCAUUUGGGUCCUCCCCUCUGGAGCAGCAGGAAACAAGCUUGCCCCAUCAUCCAUGUGACAGCCUGUCAGAUUUUUGAACGUGGCUAUCAUGAUUUUUGUUUGGAAAAUGAAAAUAACAAAAGCCGGGCCGCUUUGCUUUCACCUGUUACACCUCAAAGGGGCCACCAGACAUUCCACUGAAGAGAAACAUGUUAAAGGUGUUAACUGAAUUGCAGGUUUUUUAUUUUUAAGUGCUCAAGCUUGAAGCUAGAUCUUAACUUGGUGAAAUCCCCCCCUAAAAGAACCCCCACAUGCACCUUAAUAAAAAGCACUUUGAUUCUUUCUGGUUCUCUAGUUCUGGUUCUCAAGAGCCACUUGUGCAGAACCGGCUUUGGGAUGUGUGUUUUCAUUAAUGCCACCCCCAACCCCAGUUCAGAAGUUCCUGGGGGUUUCCUUUGAAAGGUGAUGGGGAAAUGAAAGUGUGCCAGAUCCAUAACGCAGACGGUGUUACCAUCCAAAUUAAGGCAGAAGGGGGUGGAGGGUCCUUGGAAAAGGGAGCCACAGUUGUACCUUCUUUGUUCAGGACUUCUGUAGUCCAAACUUCUGAUAUGCGGAAGCCUUCUUCACACACUCACUGCUGGAGUAGGAUGCUUCUGCCCACUCUUCCAGCUUGUGUUUGCCAAGAGCUCAAAAACGAGAGAUUCUCAGGGGAUGCCCGUUUCCCUGCCUCACAAGGCAGACCUGCCAGCCCUUGUUGGGUGUAGAUUUACCAAGUAGAAAUCAAAUCCGGAAGUGUCACAAAGCACUGUGCCAAUUAGUGUAAAUCUGCAGGGUAGUCCUUGCUCCCAGCCGUACCCCCCACCCUCCUCACGCAGGGCUACAGGAGUAGAAAACAUUGUACCUUGGAGUCACUUGUUUUUAAUUAAUGCGCUCCUAAAUUGGCACUUUGGGAGAAUUGGCUUCUCCCCCACCAUUAAGCUGUCACACGUGCGUGAUUCCCACUCUGUAAUUUUGUUGCUGUAAUUAAGCCGUUGGAUCACUUACUCUUGCGUGGCGUUUGGAGGCUGCUCACUACUUAGGAAUUGCACAAGCCCUUUGUUAAGCAGAAGGACUGUAGCUUAGGGGGUAGAUCACCUGCUUUGCAUGCAAAAGGUCCCGGGUUCAAUCCCCAGCAUCUCCAGGUAGGGCUAAGAAAAGACUCCCUGCCUCCAGCCCUGGAGAGCCACUGCCAGUCAGUGUUGACAGUACUGAGCUAGAUGGACCAAUGAUCUGACUUGGUAUAAGGCAGUUUCCAUUGUUCCUGUUUAACUGGCUGGCUAAACCAGAUGAGAGUAGCCGAUGGGUCUCAAAUCCUUGGUGAGUUAGGGACUUCCCCUGCAUGCGAAGAUAGGUUCUGGCUGAUGGAGCGGAUGAGACCAAUAGUGGGUCCAACAGUCAAGACUGAAGGCAGUUUCUGCAUAUGCUAUAGCGGGAAGUGGGGGGCAGAUGGGGCUCAUCCACCUGGGAAGGUAGCCCAUCUAGGAGAUGAAGAACUCUGCUCCUAAAUCUCCGCUGUCUCGUGGGACAUCUUUGGGAGAAGAGAAGGCUAAGGAGUAAACCCUCCACAAAUGGAGAGCAGAGUCCCUAAGAUGGUUGGAUGGGACUUUGUAUGCCUCCUUCCAGCAACUCCUGCAGCCAAGUGGUGCCAGAUAUCUUGCUCUGCUUCCCUUUGGACCACACCUGCAAGGCUGAGGGGGGUCUUGUCAUCUGGGCAGCCCAGGACCUCCAUACAUAGUGCCCAGGCUUGCACCCCAGAGAGGUCACUUUGGUGCUACAAAUGCAGCAAAAACACAGUAUGACGGAUCUCCACAGCCACAGCAGCUGCUGUGAUUCUCCAGCAGUUUGACUUCACCCUCACAGGCACGCUCCACUAUCUUUCAAGACAGACGGAUGCCAGUGUCCUUAAUACUGAACCGUGAGGACUGAACCUGGUUAGGAACAAGUUGCAGCGCAAUCGGAGGGCAUCUGCUUUGCAUGCAGAAGGUCCCACCUUCUGUCCCCAGAAUUGACAAGGCUGAGAAUGUCCCCAGUCUGUAACCCUGGAGAGCUGCCUCCAGUCAGUGUAGACCAGAGUUCUUUGGGUAGGACUACACCUCCCAUCAUCCUUAGCCAGUGUAGCCAAUGAUUGGGGAUGAUGGAAGCUGUGGUCCGACAGCACAACAUCCUGAGCUAGAUGGACCAGUGGGCUGACGCUGUGCAAGGCUGCUGCCUACCUUCCUAGGAGCAUAAAUGCUGUCCAGUGCAGCAGAUCUCUCGACAUGGUGUAAAAAUGAUUACGAGUGAGGGGAGCUGCGUCUAAAGGAUCUCUAGAAAGUGGGAACCAGGGACAGAUCUACACUUGUCGUUUAUAAUGUUAAAAAUGCGUUGUUAAAAAUGUGACAUAAUAGCAAAGGAAAACUGCUAUUAAGCAUUAUAGAACGUGGUUUUUUUUAAAAAAAAUGUUUAGAAGGUCAGUGUAGAUCCAGCCCAGGAGAAAGCUGGGUGUGCUUUGAAGUGCAGUAGACCACUUCAGUUAGUGAGUUGGGACCUACCACAGGUUAUGGUGUGAUCCAAGGUGGGUAGCAAGAAGAGUACUACAACCAGGCAGAUAAAUGGUAACAUAAUUAGGAAAUGGGUCCCCAAAUGCAUGUUUGGCUAAAAGGUGGAUCCUGAGUCUGAUAAGACUGCUGCAAUAUAUGGUCGGACUUUGAAAAUAACUUUUGCUUAAAAUCAAGAUCAUUGCUAAAUACGCUAUUCCAUUUCAUCUCAGGUUUUGGCAUUUUCACACUGCUUACAACUUUUUCUGGGUUUUUCCCCCCUGCACCCCUCUGGUGGCAUCUGGCUGGGUGUGUGACACCUGGAGGCCUCAUUCCCGUGUCUUCUUUUUUCCUUGCAGAUGGUGAUGGAGUUUCCUGAUAACGUGCUUAACCUUGAUGGGCAUCAGAACAGUGGGGCGCAGUUAAAGCAGUUCAUCCAGGUAGGUUGCUGCCAUGCACCUCGAAAGCUGAGCACCAAAAUGUUCCCAGUAAUGUGAUUGCUCUCCUAAGAUUUUUUUUUUUCAUUUUUGUUUAAAUUGUGCAUUCGUUCGUUUGUUGCUUUAUUGGACAAAUGCCACGGCAUGUUUAGUUGCUUUGACCGCAGCAGCAGAAAGAAACCACAAAACAUUUCUACCGCAAUUACGAUUGUUAUAACCACAACACCAAAACAAAGAUUAAGAAAAGAAAAAUAUUUCUUUUACAAUUGCAAGCUUACUGUGUUACAGUCAGGGGGGUGUAAAAAAAAUCUUAGCUUGUGCUGAUAUUUUUAAAAACCCCUAUCCAUUCUUUAUUUUUCUUACUUAACCUUGAAUUGUCUUUAGCAGCAUGUGUGUUUCUAACACUAAAAAAAAAAAAAAGUUUAAUCUCAUUAAACAUAUCAAAACCAUAUGGAAUAUUAGAGAGGUGAAAGUUGCUCAGUAUAAGCAAAGGCCAUACUUUCAGAAAUUUGUUCCAUCUAUAUCCUGCUGCUUUUGAUCUUAAACAAUAAAUUAAUUUUGGCAUUAAAGCUGAUUGCCAUGGCUUAUUUAUGUAGUCACUGCAUAGAGGUAAUUUUCUGAUUUUCCAGAGUUCCAUCGGCAGAGGGAUUGCUUGUUAAACCCCUCUAGGAAUUGUAGCUCCACGAGAGGACAGGAAUUAGGGGUCUCCUAACAACUCUCAGUGCCUGUAACAAACUACAGUCCCCAGAAUCCUUUGGGUGAAGCAACAGCUGUUUAAAGUGAGAUGAUACUGCUUUAAAUGUAUCAUGUGGAUGGGGCCCAUGUCUCUUUACAAAAGGUGUUUCAACUGAUCGCCCUUUCGCUAAUGGCAGUGAGUUUUUAGCAUGCAAAUGAACAACAAAAAAAAGCAGUUUGUGAGGCAGGAGUAAAAGAUAAAAACAAACAGGUCAGUUAAAUGCAGAACAAUAUACUGAAUAAAGGCAGGAUACAACAAAAAACACCUGCGCUCUUUUGUUUACUGUGGAGCCAAGGAGAUACAUUUUGGAAGAGAGUGCAGCUUCAGUGUAUAGAGUUCUGCAUUGCAGUGUAGUGGUUAGUAUCAGAGGGACCUGGCAGGCCAGGGUUCAAAAUCCCCUCUUGACCAUGAAGCUCAACUUGGUGACCUGGGGUCAGUCACUCCCUCUCAGCCUGUCCUACCUCACUGGGUUGUUGUGAGGAUGUCAAAGAGAUGCAGAAGGAACCGAAGCACGCCACCCUGAGCUGCCUGGAGGAAAGGUGGGAUGAUAUAAAUGCAAUAAUGAAACAGAAUAAAUUUAAUCAGGCCUUUACAAAAAGAGAGAGAAGAAGAAGCAGCAGCAGCUCAUUUCUCUCUUUCUCCCUAGCGGCACAGCAUGCUCAAGCAGCAGGACCUGAAUAUUGCCAUGAUGGUGACAUCGCGCGAAGUCUUGAGUGCUCUCUCUCAGCUUGUCCCCUGCGUUGGCUGCCGCCGGAGCGUGGAGCGCCUCUUCUCUCAGCUCGUGGAGUCGGGGAACCCUGCCCUCGAACCCCUCACCGUCGGGUCCAAGGGAGUCCUCUCUGUCACUCCGAGCUGCAUGAGGGAUGCGAAGAAGCUCUACACGCUGUUCUACGUGCACGGGUACGCCGAAGGGGGCAGUGUGGCCGUCACUAGUUUGUGUGCUGGCUUAGGGCAGAAUCACAGAAUUGGGACCCCAAGGGUCAUCUAGUCCAACCCCAUGCAGUGCCUAAAUCCUGUUGCCCAACAUGAGGAUCGAACCCGUGACCCUAAGAUUAAGAGUCUUAUCUUGGAGUUCAGCUCCUAUCAUCCCUGGUCAUUGACCCAACAGCUGCUUUCUAGGGCUGAUGAUGGAAUAGAGUCCAGCAAGAUCUGGAAGGCUGUUGAUUCUCCACCCCUGGUGUAAAAGCAGAUCACAGAUGGAAGGAACUACUAUUACUACUAACAACAAUAAUUUGUUGCUGUUACUAAUUUGUUAUUAAUUUAUAUGCCAGAAUGGCUUCUAAGCAGUUUAAAACGGUAAAUCCGAUCUGUAAUUAAAAUACACAAUAAACAUUAAUUAAACCCUUAAUUAAAAUAGGCAACAAAACAAGCAAUUCAAAAGCCCGGCAAUCAAAACAGAGGGAUGAAACCAGAAGUUCAGUUCCGGAGAGGGCUUUCCUAAAGAGGUGCGCCUGCAGGAGCCGGCAGAAUGCCACUAUUGAUGGGGGUCAGGGACUCUCGUAUUUCAGCAGGGCGGGCCUUAUAGGACACUGGUGCCGCCAGUGAAAAAGCCCACCUCCGCAUUACCACAAACCUUGUUAAAAGAAACAUGGGAGGAAGGAAAUAAAACCCGCCAACAGUCUAAAGUUUUUACAGGCUUUUGCUUUGCAACCUUACAAAGUUUUAACUCGUCAGCAGCACCUUGUAAAACGCUAAUACUCAGCCGUAAGUUAAUUGCGCAGCGGGCUUCUGCAAUAUCUUCUAUACCUCUCUGUGGCUUUUUUUUUUUUAAAAGGUCCAAGUUAAAUGAAAUGAUUGAUGCGAUUCCGAAAAGUAAGAAGAACAAGAGGUGCCAGCUGCACUCCUUGGACACGCACAAACCCAAGCCCUUGGGGUAAGUUCUUCAGCAGCAGCAUCCCUGUGUGCAGAAGCCAGAAAGGGGGCUCUUCCAUGAGCAGGAGGGGUAGCACCUUCCCAGUCAAGUGGCUUUGUAAGCUGCUGGAAGCAGGGCAGCGAGGGAGGGGGUGGAAGAAGCAGGGCAGCUGAAAUGUGCAAGGUUUAACACACAAUUUAAGAAGCAUGCCCAUACACGGAUGCUCUGUUAAAGUACCCAGCAUAGUUCUGGGACAUCCUAAAAAUGUGGGUAUGAAAAGCAAAGCAGUCUGUCACACUAUAUUGUAGCUUUAUGUUGUGAACCGCUCCACGGAUGGAGGGCAGUAAUACAAAUUUAAUGAAUCAUCCCACCAGGCGGCCCACCUUCCAGCUUUUGGGUGGCAGAGUGGGGUAGAAUUUAAUAAAUCAUUAUAAACCUAAGUAGAAACUGUCUCCCCCUCCUCAAAUGUGACUCUAAAAAGACAAGCCUAAUCUGGUAGCCUGACUUGAGCUGUUUUGCUUACAAGUCAUCGAAAAUAAGAGUAUAAAAAGAGCUCUGCUGAAUCAGAGCAAAGCCUUGGGAAGAGUCCUGCUGGGGGCCCAUUUGGUCCUGCAUCCUGUCUCCAUAGUGGCCAACCAGAUGCCUCUUCCGGGAAGCCCAAAGCAGGACUGGAGUGCAGCCGCUCACUCCUCCCUGGUUGCGAUUUCCAGUAACUGGUACUCUGAGGCGUAUGGCCUCGCACAGUGGUGACAGAGCGUAGCCGCCGAGGCUGUUGCAGCAGACCUCGAAUAACAGGCUCCUGGAAAAGUAGGCCUUGGGUGUGUGUUCCACCUCCGCUUCAAAAGUAUCUUUCAUUCAAAUGGUUGUGGGGUUCCCCCCCUCCCCAAUACCUCUAUGGUGCUAGAUCAGCCUCCCACAACCUGGUGCUCUCAGAUUGCAGUUACUGAUGCUGGCUGGGACAGGUGAGAUUGGCAAUCACGAACACUGCUGUCCUGCUGGCUGGGGCUAUUGGCAGCUGUCCUCCAAAACAUCUGCAAGGCACCAAGUGUGUAAGGCUGCAUUAGAUCUUACGGUUUGCUCCUGAGUUGGAAGGAAAUCAUUCCAUUUGAUGUGGGGCUUUUAAAUGAAUGAGGUUCCCUUGCUUUCCCCCGGACCCCAAGAGCUGGGGAAAACUAAUAACAACAACAACAACAACAACAACAACUAUUAUUAUUAUUAUUAUUUUAUUUAUACUCUGCCCGUCUGGCUGGGUUGCCCCAGCCCACUCGGGGCAGUUUUGAACAGAUAUAAAAACAUCAAAUAUUGAAAACUUCGCUAUACAGGGCUGCCUUCAGAUGUCUGCUGGGAGGCCAUUUUGCAGGACGGGCACCCCAACUGAGAAGGCCCUCUCCCUGGGGGUUAUUCUUAUUAUUUAUUAGAUUUAUAUACUGCCCUUCGUAACAAGAUCUCAGGGCGGUUCACAGAGUAAAAAAUACCAAGUUAAAAACACAUCUUGCAGUGAGGGGAAAUGGUAGAAGGCCCCUGGAGUUGGAUCUCAGUGUCCGGGCUGGAUGAUGGGGGUGAAGCCAUUUAGGGCUUUCAGGGUCAGCAGUAGCAGCCCUUUGAAUGGUGCUCCUAAGGGUCAGGAGAGUUGUUGUGCCCACUGACAUAGCCGCUGAAUUCUUGUCUUAACACUGUGUGCUGCAGCGAAGGGAACAGUAGCGCCCUGAGUGCAGAGAAGUUAGGUGCAGAUAAAAGAAGUAGUGAAGACGACAGGAAGGAGAGCAGGUGUAGGAUCACUUUCUACUAUGGACCUUUCCAAGGAGCAGCCAGGUAAAGGGAACCGGUGGCAGCUGGGCUCAGGGCGCGGCGUGUUCCCGUUGCCUCCAGCCCUCCACACUUGGGGCGGCUUCGUUCUGCUUUAACCCGCGCCGCUUUCCCCUCCUCCCCUGCAGGGGUUGCUGGAUGGACGUGUGGGAGCUGAUGUCUCAGGAGUGCAGAGACGAAGUAGUUUUAAUCGACUCCAGCUGUCUGUUAGAAACAUUAGAAACUUACCUCCGGAAACACAGGUGAGCAAAUGGAAAAGUGUGUUUUCUUAGCGUCACGCUCGAGUCUCUUAUCUCUCCGUCCAGAUAAAAUUGCUCCAAAGGUGGGUUUUUGUUUUUUUUUAAAACGGCUUAUAUGCAUGUGUGAAAUCUCGGCCAGUUUCUGAAGCUCCUUAGAGUUCAUGUAACAUAUUUUUGCGUCAGCAGCUAAGGAGCUUACGGGGCCCUUCCUGGAGGAGCACACUGCUGAGGGAGAGGGGGGAACGGGGCUCCCAGACGGCUUGAAUAUUUAGCUUUUGUACAAAGCUUGCACUGAGGUUAUACCAUGUUGUAUCAAGCAUUUCCCUGUGGUACCAUGUGGUGCAGUGGUUAGAGCAUUAAACCAAGACCUGGGAGAUCAGGGUUCAAAUCCCCACUCAGCCCCAAAGCGCUCACUGGGUUACCUCGGGCCUAGCUAUUCAUUCUCAGCCUAAUUUACCUCACAGGUUUGCUGUGAGGAGAAAAUGGGGAAGAAGUGGAAGCAUAUAGGCCUUGAGCUCUCUGGGGGAAAGGUGGGCUUUAAAUGUAAUAAACAAAUAAAUACGCUUCUGGUCAUUGUACUUAAUGUGAAAAAGUCUGCAAUGUUUUAAAAAGUGAGUUAUGCACAAGCUCCAAAUCAGCUUUAAUUGUAUAAUCCAAUUUUUCCCAGUAUGUGUUUUGGAUCCAGCCUGACAAUAGCUCCUGCCUGGAAGUGCCCUAACAAUUCUUCUUUUACAUCCGGCACAGUCUGAGACUGGAUGAGACCCCUGCUUAAAAGCAUGGUGGGUGAAGAAGAUGAGCAGAAGCUGGUCCCUGUAGGACCCAGAUGCAUUAAAACGACACACAGGGGGUUGUAUCCGACAUUAGUCCUGCUCAGAUUAUACCUAUGAAAAUUAAUGGACAUGCCGCAGCUUCACACUGUUAAUUCCAACAGGUUUUGCUCUAAUUCAGUUGAAUGCAACCCAGCUUUUGUGUGUGUCUGUUUUGCUUUGAGUUUUGUUUUGUUUUGUUUUGUUUUUUGCCAAAAAGGAGGUUUUUGAACAGUUAAGUGCUGUAUAAAUUCUUUCAAAGCAAUAGAUAAGUUGUGUUUGUCGCAGUGAACAAAAAACCAAAACCAAAAAAGAUGCAGUGGCACUGUUAAUGCGGGUGCAAAUUAAAAUUUGGGAUUAUAGAAAGGGAAGAGGAGCGGUCUAUUCUACCCCAAAUUCAAGAUGCAGCCACAUAGUGCAAUAGUGCAGGAGGGAGCUCCUGGUUCCUUCUGACUGGCAGCAACUCUGGGCAAAGAGUUCGCCCAGCCCUGUUGCCUUAACUGGACUAUCUAUUUUUUAUUUUCUUACUAAACGAAAAGUUCAGUUAACAUAGGCAUUAGCAAUUAGCUAUAAACAAUACAAUUUGAUUUUAAUCACGUCUUCUAAAAUAUUUUGACAUCCAUUUUGGUAUCAUGCUUUUGAAUCUGGGAGCCAACUUUCACGACUGUAUUUUCUUAUUUUGGUUGGUCUGCAGCCAUAGUUUCCUGGUUCAGCUGUAAUGAGAAACCGUGGUUUAAUGGACACUUCCUGGUUUUUCCAUUCUAGGAGUGGAGCAGGAGCCUAGGGGGCUCCAUGUGGGUGCACAAAACUCCCUUGUUUCUUGGCUUCUCCAGCCGAGAUUUGGCUUAGUCACAGCUGGCCCCUGCUUUGUCUGCGGAAGGCCCUCUGUUUAAUUACCCCCACCUCCUGGUAGGGCAGGGAAUGACCCUUGCCCCAAACCAUGGAGAGCUGCUGCUAGUUCUACAACUGGGGGUAACCAAUUUAUACCAGCUGCCUUUCAGAUUUUUCAAGUUAAAGUGUCAUCUCAGGUACGGUACUUUUUGGGAUCCCAAUAUGGAUACAAGCAUAUAAAAGUGAUUUAGAUAAGAUACACUCAAGUUUCUUGAGACGUAUCCUUGGGCUCCCUAAUUCAAUCAAGUAUGAGACGAUGUGUGCAGAAUUAGAUAUACACAUGAUGGAAUAUUGGGCAUGGACUAGCACUAUAAAACACUGGCUGUGCUGCCAUUUUCAUUCCCAGCCUUUGAGUCCGCUUUCCAAUUUAUUUAAGGACUCCUAUAAAUCCAGAUGGCUCCAACUCAUACCCAGCAAAAUUUGAUAUUUUGAUAUUGACUUGGAAUUAUUGUAUAAUUCUAGUGAGCAAUAUAUUUAUCGCAAUAUCCAAAUUAGAUUAAGGGAUAUUGAAAAACAAAACAUUGAGUCAGCUGUAAAUAAAAUCUGCUCCCCCAGGGUCUAUGGUUUAAAUACACCCGGUAACAGGAUCACUUAUAUCUCAAAGUUAAUAAUUCCAGCCCAACGCAGGGCAUUUAUGUUGGCCCGACUGAAUGUUUUCCCCUCAGCUUUUAAGGGCAGAUAUUUAAACAUCCCUAGAAAUGAUAGACAUUGCGGAUGUUAUUUGAAUGUGCUGGACACCGUAGAACACAUUAUUUUCUACUCUCUACUGUACAACCAGCUGCAUAAAUGCGUGUUAACCCCCUUUUAGGGUAGUUUAACAUCAUGGCGCGAUGAAAAUAUCAGAUUCUACCUGUCUGAUAUUAAAGGUAAAGGGACCCCGACCAUUAGGUCCAGUCGUGACUGACUCUGGGGUUGUGGCGCUCAUCUCGCUGUAUUGGCCAAGAGAGCCAGCGUACAGCUUCCGGGUCAUGUGGCCAGCAGGACUAAGCCGCUUCUGGUGAACCAGAGCAGCACACGGAAACGCCGUUUACCUUCCCGCUGGAGCGGUACCUAUUUAUCUACUUGCACUUUGACGUGCUUUUGAACUGCUAGGUUGGCAGGAGCAGGGACCGAGGAAUGGGAGCUCAUCCCAUCGCGGGGAUUUGAACCACCGACCUUCUGAUCGGCAAGUCCUAGGCUCUGUGGUUUAACCCACAGCGCCACCCGCGUCCCCUGUCUGAUAUUAACCCGGAGGUAACUGCAAGGGUGGCUAAGUAUCUGUCAAUAGUAUCUCUUGGAGUGGUAAAUGACACAGCAGGAAGACAAUGAAAUGAAAAUUUCUGUUGCUAUAUAUCUUGCCUGACUAUUUCUUUGUAUUUUGUAUUUCUUUGUAUUUCUUUGUAUUUAUUUUAAGAUGGCCUAUAUCUGUAAUGCCUAAUAAAGGUUUGGAGAAAGAAAGCUGCUACCAAUCAGUGUUGACAGUGCUGGCUGGACUACGCUGAAUCCAGCUUCCUCUGUCCCUGUGUGCAAAUCCUUCAUCCUCCAACCAGAGAUAGGCCUUUACAUAGAUGACAUGUCCUCUUUCCCCUUUCCAAACAGGUUUUGCACCGACUGCAAGAACAAAGUCCUGCGGGCUUACACCAUCCUUAUCGGCGAGCUGGACUGCAGCAAAGAGAAGGGCUACUGUGCCGCUCUCUAUGAGGGGCUGCGCUGCUGUCCCCACGAGCGCCACAUCCACGUGUGCUGCGAGACCGACUUCAUCGCCCACCUCCUUGGCCGAGCCGAACCCGAGUUCGCAGGAGGGUAUGAGUAUGUAAUUUGCUAGAGUGGGCUAUCUAGCACUUUUGCUUCCUUUUGAAACAUUUUUUCCCCUUUUUACUGAAUGUAUAUUUCAGAUAUAUACAUGUGGUGUGCGUGCCUCUCUUCCAUCUUUCUCUGCUGUGUUGUUGACCCUUUUGCGGGGAGACAAGCUCACCUUGCUCUUGCAAGCGCUGCUUCCGAGUUGUGUGUGUUUGCAGUUCAUCUGGGCCCUAACUUGGUGUGUUGACUUGCAGGCAAACCUCUAGCUUUGUUUAUUUGCAUCUAUUUUUAACCAGCCCUUCGCCUUGCGGUCCCAGGGCUGCUUAUACACACAGCUCAGCACAAUUACAACAUGCACCCUGGCUGCCUGUCCAUGGCUGAGCCGGAAUCAAGGUCCUUGUAUUAAUUUACAAAGCCCCAAUCGAGUUGCCUUGCCCAAACCCUUAUAUCCCAGCUUGAUUGCGGAGAUCACCUUCAGGAGUGCUGCUGGUCAUCCCCCCAAGUUGGAAAGGCUCAUCUGACAUGGGACACAAAACUGAAACUGUUCAUUGCCGCCAGGCUUCUGCGGACAACUAGGAUAAAAUGUUUUCCGCAACAGUCAGCUGGUGGUAUUAAUUUUUGCAUGGUUUUUCUUAGUUGCAUUGCAAUUGUUGCACAUCACAUACAUGUUUCUAAAUGAAACUGCAAUACCCCAGUAUUCUUAUAGAUAGAUAGAGGUACUUGAAAUGGGAAGGAUAUUCUGAUCUCCCCACCCCUAAAGGCCUGUGCAAGAAAUGUGUACGAUGAGCCCAGAUGUGCCUUUGGAUAGUUUUUAAAAUGGUUGUCUGCUUGCUGACUGAUGAAAUCGGAUUUUGCUGGAUGAGGCCAGUGGCCCAUCUAGCCCAGCAGCCUGUUUUCACAGCAGCUAACCGGGUGCCCAAAUGGGAAUCUCAAAAGCAGGACCCAAAUGCAUGUGUCUGCUCCCUUUCUGUGAUUUAUAGCAACUGGUAUUCAAAAGAACUACUGCCUCCAGUUUUACUUAGGAAUAUUGACAUGCUGCACAAAACCAGCUCCAGGGGGAUUAUUAUUUGUUAUGGUACGUAUUUUUGUGUUUUUAUAUUGUAAAUAGCCCUGUGGUCUUUGGAUGAAGGGCGGUCUAGAAAUUUAAUAAAUAAUAUUAUAGGUCUACGAUCACAGAUUCUCUCUCUCAAAAUGUCAUUGAUAUCCUAUCAUACCUCUAGUUCCCUUACAUUAAAACAAGUUAUAUUUGUACCAGAGAACCCCCUGCUUUAAAAAGAAAUUAAAAAAUGGUGUCGGAUGCCUUUCUGUUUUUGUCCCCGCAGCACCUCCCCCCCCCUCAAAAAAGAGAAAUAGAUCUAGCAUAAGGCAUUAUUUCAUCCUCCUCUGAUCAUUAAGUUGAGCAAGUGAAUUCCACAUUUCCACCCCCCUCCAUGCUUGCUUGCAACUAGGUUAGGAGUGUAAGAAGAGAAGUUUUAAAAUUACAUUUUUUGAGCUUAGGUGCACUUGGUUGGGAUAGCUUUAGUUGUCAGCUAAUGAGUGUGCAUGCCUCUCUCAGCUGGUUGCUGGGCAGUUUUCUCUUUGCAAAGUGGCUUCAGCAAUUGCACUUGUGAAUUGGUUGCUGUGAUUUCCUCCACAUGCUGGGUUGCAAGAACAGGAAACCCAAAGUAUUUGUGUGCGUGCUCUGAGGACGUGUAGGAACCUAGGCCAAGCAAUUUGCUAGCAGGGUACUCCUCUGCAUAGGUGAUGGUGCAAUGAAUGCCAUUGUGUGUGUGUGUGUGUGUGUGUGUGUGUGUUUGUGUGUUUUCUGGCAUCUUAACCUGCAUGUGGCAUAAACUUCAUUAUAACUAGAUGAUGCUUUUCAAAUACCUUGCCGCGCUCCAGUUUAUCUCCACACAGCUGUGUGGCUCUUUGCAAGACCUGGCAGUUGGCUGACCAUCGGUGCUUUUGCAGAGUUUUCCAAAGCCUCCACAGAUUGCCAGGGCUUCAAAAUGCUACACACAGCUCUCUGCAAGCCGUUACAUCAGGCGAUUGACAGCUCUGCAGACCUGCCCACAUGUCAAAAAGUAGCCUGUAGGGGUGGGGGAUGGUUGACUGCUUAAUGGGUGCUGAAUUGCACCUUGAUGAACAGGUGUACCCACAACUGAUUUGCUUGGGCAUAACUCCCAAAGACACAAAACAUCUGUGGUUGUAGUCUUUGUCUGGAAUUCACAGUGCUGUUGGAUCUACACGUUAUAAGAAUUUAGGAUUUAAGACCUUGCCCAUUUGGUCUGUGAGGCUGUUUAGGCCAGGCCAGGCCCACCAGCCCUACACCUGAUACCAUAUGAUGCCAGAUGUAAGGACCCUCAGUCAAAGCCUCAUGCACCGGCAGCCACCUGGUUGUAGAGGCUUGCGCAGCACCGUGGUGUCAGAUGCGUGAGUCAAAGUCAAAGGUGGCCUGUGGAACAAAUCCACAUCCCAUAUCCCUCUCCGAAGGUGCUUAGGAGACGCCGUCCACCACCGCCCCAUUUCCACGCCACAUCACAAUCUGUUUUCGUUUUAAAGUCUCCGUCAUUUUCAAAUGCAGCCUGUCUUUCAAAAGCAGCCUGCCGUGUGACAUUGGAGGACCACUUGCUGUUUUGAGAGGCAGACAACUGAGGCACAGCCCUGCUGGGCACACAAAGCGGAUGGUGUUGUCCCCUGGUUCUAAGGCUUGUAUCAAGAAUGCAAAGGGGGGACCAGGUCUCAAUUGGAUGCUUGUAACGAAGAACCCUGCACUAUCUGCAUACUUGGCUCUUUACAGUUUUAAUUCCGAUUGGUACAGAUGCUUUUUUUUAAUGGUUCUCAAUAUUAUUACUAUUACACACCCCUAAAUCUGGUGCUUUCUCCACCACCAAAGAUCGUAAGCACAUCAAAAGAGCCCUUGAUCAGACCCAAAGCUUGCUGUUCUCAGAGUGGCCAACCAGUCAGAUCUCUGCAUCACUCCCAGUUCUAAUCCAAAAUACAGCGGCGGCAAAGAAGUUGCUUCCGUGUGUGUCUUAUGUUGGAAAAAAAACCAUGGGACUGAUUGGACUCUGUGAAAUUCAUCCCCACUGGGAAGGCUCCCACUUCAACUCUACCUAUGAGGCCAGCAUAGCUCCUGGAACAGAUAAGAGAGGAAUCAGGACUGCUUUGAGAACAUCCCUGUCUUAGACCAUGUCAGAAUCAUAAGUUGGUUCUGAGCAUGCUCAGAGCUGUUUCUUUGAAGGCCAGAGCUGGUAUUCAGAAGCAUACCACCUUUGACACUGGAGGUAGGGCAUAGCCAUUGCGACUAGUAGCCAUGAGUUAAAAGUAUUUAGCAGCAGCUUUUAGAAAUCGUUUUGCAACAAGAAAAAUAUAAGUGGCUCCCUGGUAGCCGUGCUGAGGUUUUACACUGGUAAAUAAACCUCUGGUCCUUUCCCUGUUCCAAAAAUGGCUUCUAAAGCAGACUUGAGUUGCAGGAGAUCUGCCCAAGGCUGGCAGAUCGGGAGGACCCCCCCCCUUAACAACUCUCGUUAACCCUUUAACCCUCCAGGAGAAGGGAGAGACAUGCAAAGACAAUCGACAUCGCCCAAGAGGAGGUCCUGACUUGCUUGGGGAUCCAUCUUUACGAACGGCUGCACCGCAUCUGGCAGAAGCUGAGGGCGGAGGAGCAGACUUGGCAGAUGCUGUUCUACCUUGGCGUUGAUGCUUUGCGCAAAAGUUUCGAGGUACUGAGAAAACCGGGUGGAUUUCCCCCACUUGCAUGCAACUAAGGCUUUAAGAGCUGUUGGAGAAGACUUGAGUUAAAAAGUUGAGCGUAUAAUGUGUGGGGCGGAGAGAGAGUGUGUGUGUUGCUGCAUUUUGGGCUGAGAAUAUGUCAUAAUAGUUGCUUUGGGGAAAGAAAGUCUUAAAAGAAAAUCAAGUCUCCCUUCGUCUCCCAGGCUCAUGCAACUGAGAAUUUCCUCCUCUCUUUCUUUCCUGCACAGAUGGCCGUGGAAAGAGUCCAGGGCAUCAGCCGGCUGGAGCAGCUCUGCGAGGAGUUCUCCGAAGAGGAGCGGGUGCGAGAGCUCAAGCAGGAGAAGAAGCGCCAGAAGCGCAAGAACCGGAGAAAAAAUAAGUGUGCGUGCGAGAUCCCUGCUCCCUUGCAAGGGGGGGAGGAGAAGGAGAGCAGCCAGGAGAAGGUAAGUGCUGGCCUUCCAGCUUUGUACGUCCACUCCUUGGGUCCGGAAAGGAACCCGCAACCCAUGCCAUUGUUUCAGAAGGGUUAUAUGAGAUAGGAAGGGCACCGCAGCUAGAAACCUGGCUGCUGCAUUUUGGACCCCUUGAAGAUUCUGAGUCAUCUUCAAGGGCAGCCCCACGUAGAGCCCAGUGCAGUAAUCCAGCCUGGAAUUUACCAGAACACAGAGUACAGAAGCCAAGUCAGUUCUGCCCAACAGGGGCUGUAGCUAGUGAACGAGCCAUAGCUGGAAAAAGGCACUCCUAGCCCCCAAGGUCACCUCAGCCUUCAGCAACAGUGUGGAAUCUAGAGGGCACCAGGUUGGCAAACACUGCUGUUGCAGCAGAUCUGUCUUAACAGACAUAGGGAUCUCUAAUUCUCAAAAUGUUUCAAAAUGUGCUGCUACAAUAUAUUUUUGUGUUCUGAGAUUUAUACUGUAGUUUUUCAUUUAAUAUUGCAGUGCUUUGUAAUUUAGAUUCUCAGUUUCUUUGUUUGCUGUAUUCAUCACCGUUUGGUAAACUGCUUAGAGACUGCCUCUAAAUUUCAAGCGGCAUAUAAAUACCUUAUAAACAAAUAAACCACCAGGGCUGCCUGCGUUGAGAAAAGGAAUUCCUCAAAUGACAUUUUUAAUUUGGUUGCACAGGCUUGUCGCUGGUUGAGUCCAGGCCCGUCUCUUGCCCUCUGUCCUUCAGUUGCCCUCCAUCUUUUCCCUCUUUCCCUCCCUCUUUCCCUCCAGGAAAACUUCUUGGAAAGCGGUUGCAAAGCCUGCGGCAGCACAGAAGAGAGAGGCAGCUGCAUCGAGGUCAUUGUGACCAACGAAAACACUUCCUGCACUUGUCCCACUGCUGGCACUUUACUGGGUUCACCCAAAAUAAAGAAAGGUAUGUUGUUCGAAUUUGGUGGGAUUUGUCGGGGGGGACGACCCUCAAGCAGUAAAACUUCAGCACUGUUCCUCUUGAUCCUCAGCUCUAAUGCAUUUUGAGCUGGUCUGCGCUCUUUAAGGAACCCUUCUACACUGAAAUAUGGAAACUAAUGUUUUGCAACACGCUGUGGGUUAAACCACCGAGCCUAGUACUUGCCGAUCAGAAGGUCGGCGGUUCGAAUCCCCGUAAUGGGGUGAGCUCCCGUUGCUCGGUCCCAGCUCCUGCCAACCUAACUGUUCGAAAGCACAUCAAAGUGCAAGUAGAUAAAUAGGUACCACUCCGGUGGGAAGGUAAAUGGCGUUUUCGUGAGCUGCUGUGGUUCGCCAGAAGCAGCUUAGUCAUGCUGGCCACAUGACCUGGAAGCUGUACGCUGGCUCCCUUGGCCAAUAAACAAGAUGAGCGCCACAACCCCAGAGUCGGCCACGACUGGACCUAAUGGUCAGGGGUCCCUUUAACUAUACCUUUAUGCUUACUAGGGGCUGCUCGCCAACCCACCACUCCUUCCCUCACAACGCUCCCUCCAUAGCUCACACCAACCCCCCCCCUUCCCUUGCAAGCAAGCCACUCUGAAUCGCCUCCCACCCCCCUCCUUUAAAUGUCAUUCCUCAGCAGCUCACCUGGUCUGUCCCAACACCUGCCCCACUUGCUUCCUUGCCCGCCCGCCAUUCUGUCAUCAUGCUGCAGUUGGCACGGCCACCUACUGGCAGACCAGAGAACUACAACAUGAUACUUACAGAACUAAGGCUACAGUGGUACCUUGAUUCCCGAACGGCUUAGUUGUUGAACAAAUCGGCUCUUGAAUGCCACAAACCUGGAAAUAAGUGUUCUGGUUUGUGAAUGUUUUUUCAUAAGCCGAAUGUCCAACGCAGCUUCCGCUUGAGUGCAGGAAGCUCUUGCAGUCAAUUGGAAGCCGCGCCUUGGUUUUCGAACGGUUUCAUGAGUCGAACAGGCUCUUGGAAUGGAUUAAGUUCGAGAACCAAGGUACUACUGUAUAUACAAAGUGAACUGAAAACACUCUGUGUGUUGUAUGCUACCUCCAGCAUAUGCCCUUUAAAACACCUCAUUUAAAGUACCAUAGUCAUUUAUAAAGUUUGCAACAGAUCCAUUCCUUGAUCUAGACCAGGAUUUCAAAAUGCUGUUGUCUAAGACUAGAUGAUGAUGAUGAUGAUGAUGAUGAUGAUGAUGAUGAUUACUAUUAGUAGUAAUAUUCUCUUGUACCCCACCCCUCUGGCUGGGUUGCCCCAGCCACUCCAGGCAGCUUCCAACUGUGUAUAAAGGAACACACCAAAAAAAUCAAAAGUUUCCUGAAUCAGGGCUGCCUUCAGAUGUCUGCAGUAUGAGGGAUUAGCUCUACUAAAAUAUAGGAGGGCAUGAUAUUUUCAAAAGUGUAGUAUUUUUCUUCAGAACUAUUGUUCUUACUGGUAUACAGAUGUAAAAAAAUAAAACAAUAUCCACAGAAUACUCUCAGCCUUGAUGCUACACAAUGUGUUUUCGCUCUGCUGAGCAAUCCCCUUUUUUCCUUUCUCUCUCUGUUCCUCCCUUCUAGGUUUAUCUGCACAUUGCAAUGGCAGCGAUUGCGGCUACUCCUCCAGCAUGGAGGGCAGCGAAACGGGGUCGCGGGAGGGCUCGGACAUCGCUUGCACCGAAGGGAUUUGCAACCAUGACGAAAACGGUAGGUCUGUUGCGAAACUGCAUAGGGCAGGGGAGUAGAAUACACCUGUGGCCCCCCUGAGGCCAUGGGACUCCAACUCCCAUCAGCCCUGGCUGGGCAGGGACCAGAGGCAAAAGCAAGCAGAGCAAUGCAUGUAAAUUUUGUAGAGUAGCUUCCCUCCCCCUCUUUCUUUUUUCCUUUUUCCUUCUGUGAUGGAACUCCUACAGGGACUUCCCUGGCUUUUUCUGGCCCACGUAGGACCACUUUGGAUAGUUAGCCUUGGUGAAGACUUGACAUUUUCAUCCCCCAAAAAGUUUCUGAGUUUCUGCUGAAAUGAGGCUGCAUUUUAAUGUUGUAUUUUAAUCUUGUUUUUUAAGUUGUAUUUUAAUCAAUUGUUUUAUAUUUGGUGUUAGCCGCCCUGAGCCCGGUAUUGGCUGGGGAGGGCGGGGUAUAAAUAAAAUUUAUUAUUAUUAUUAUUCUACACACAUGCACACGCCCCUCUCGACCAUCCAGGCAAGCCAAGAGGACAGGCCAGCAUUGAAUGAGGGUGCAGAGUGGGGCCCGUGUGUCUCUAGGAACAGCUCCGUGGGCCAGAGAGAAAGCGAUCUGGAGGGUUGUGCUUGGCCCAGGGUUUCUUUUUCAUUAAAGUGGACCACCUUCUGCCUGGCAGGUGAUGACCCCUGCCUCCAUCGCUGCGAGGACAAGGAGGAGGACGGGGACAGCUGUGUGGAGUGCUGGGCAAAUUCGGAAGACAACAACAUGAAAGGCAAGAGCAAGAAGAAGAAAAAGAAAAGCAAGAAGGGCGAGGCCGAACAUGUAAGUCUGAGGUUUUCCGCAGCCCAAUGUCAUCUAGGGGAAGCCAAACCAAAUCCAAUGAAUGCAUUUUCAUUUCGUCACAUUUUUGUCCCGCUUUCCCUCCAAGGAGCUCAAGGUGACAUACGUCCUUCUCCCCCACCCCAUUUAAUUCCCAUCACAACCCUGCGAGGUGCAGGUUAGGCUGAAAAUGAGCAACCUGCCCAAGGUCACCAGCAAGCUUCAUGCCAUAACCAGGUUGCCCUUCCCCUCCCCUGCUCCUGCCCCAUUUCAGUGAGUGACUCCAAGCGCAUCGCCAGUUGCUCCUAAUUUGGGUGCAGGUAUAAAUGAGUAAGGGACGCGGGUGGCGCUGUGGGUUAAACCACAGAGCCUAGGACUUGCCAGUCAGAAGGUCGGCGGUUCAAAUCCCUGCAACGGGGUGAGCUCCCGUUGUUCGGUCCCUGCUCCUGCCAACCUAGCAGUUCGAAAGCACGUCAAAGUGCAAGUAGAUAAACCACUCUGGCGGGAAGGUAAACGGUGUUUCUGUGCGCUGCUCUGGUUCGCCAGAAGCGGCUUAGUCAUGCUGGCCACAUGACCCGGAAGCUGUACGCCGGCUCCCUCGGCCAAUAAAGCGAGAUAUGCGCCGCAACCCCAGAGUUGUCCGCGACUGGACCUAAUGGUCAGGGGUCCCUUUACCUUUAUCUAUAAAUGAGUAACCCUCCCUUCCUUCCCUGGACACGGGUUUCCGGCUUCAGAUCCAAAAGCUGAGCAACUGCGCCGUAGACCCGAGUAGCCACGAGAGCUCCGGCAAUGCCAUGCACACGGAGUUCCACCGGGACAAGACCAAAGACCCGCACACCGACACCUGCUGCCGUGCAGAGAAGGGCGGGCAGCCGUGGUUGGAGCACAGGAAAACGGCGCUGUCGUGCGCAGAACUUCCAGAUGCAGCCUCCACUCCAGACUCUGGGAAAGGUGCCAAGAGCUUGGUGGAACUCCUCGUAAGUAGCCGGAGAGGCUUCCUUUUCUGGGUGGAUGGUGGUGCUGAGAGGGCUGCGUUGGUUUGCCUCUUAGCUACCGAGCCGUCCUCAAAGCUUUGGCUGCUGAAGUGUUGAGCCUUAAGCAACUUGGGCUAACUAAAAUGCCAAGGGGUGGGAGACGUCCAGCCCGGGGGCCGAAUGCAGCCCGUCAGGCCUCCCCAGUUGGCCCACCAGGCUGUUUUGCGAGAACCACACCCUUACCUGAUGAUGCUCCAAGUGAGCUUCUGGUUGUUCUUUGGUGAAGCAAAGCACACUCCCAUUGCCCAUGGACCAGCGGUUUAGACCGUGGCGAGUUUCCUAGGCCCAGCCACCAGCUCCUCAAAUAUCGGCUCUGUAUUUUGAAUAAGAACAUACGACAAGCCUGCCGGUUCAGGCCAGUGGCCCAUCUAGUUCUAGCAUCCUGUCCUCACAGUGGCCAAGCUGAUGGCCAGUCGCUAUCGAUAGCCCUCUCCUUCUCCAUGAAUUUGUCCCAUCUUCUUUUGAAGCCACCCAAGUUGGUGGCUAUCACUAUGCGCUGCUUGAAAAAUGACUUUAUCUGUCCUAAGCCUUCCAACAUUCACCUGAAGAAGGUGGUGGGGCUUUCCUUCUCUGGGGGUUUCUAACCAGAGGUCAGGUGGUAAUCUGUCAGGAAUUCUGUAGAUACGAUUCCUGCAUUGGAUCAGAUUACCCUGGGGGGAUCCCUUCCGACUCUACCUUUCUGUUAACUUUUAGCGGAUCCACUCUGAAUAGGACUAGCAUAGAAUGCCACCUGUUAAGUUUAAGAAACGGGCAGAAAGUAGGGUUGAGAUCAGCAUCGGGGUGCCCUGCGUGUCCUUUUUUUCACCUUCCCUCCGCCGCCUCUUCUCAUUUGCAGGAUGAAUCCGAAUGCACUUCCGACGAGGAAAUCUUCAUCUCGCAAGACGAGAUCCAGUCGUUCAUGGCGAACAACAAGUCUUUCUACAGCAAUAGAGAGCAGUACCGCCAGCACCUGAAGGAGAAAUUUAACAAAUACUGCCGCUUGAACGAUCACAGGAGGCCGGUUUGUAGCGGCUGGCUGACGACAGCCGGAGCAAACUAAACCCAAUAAAAUUAGCUCUGUCUUUCAAUGAAAUCUUUCGAGACGACUACUGCGCCUUUUCUGUCUUCGAAAACAAAACACUUUCUUUAGCAACUAAACAAAAAUCUUACCUUUAAAAAAUCAAUGUGGCUUUCUGUUUCCUUUCGUUCUUUUUCUCUCUCUGAUGCCCCCACUCCUGUGCAGGAGGCUGGUGGAGGUGAUAACUUUUAAUUUUGGGUUUCUUCCCCUUCCCACCCCUCCUGGCACCCGUUUCAGGCUUGGAUCUUUAGUUUUGGCUAGAUUGAGGCAAGCCCUUAGACCUUCAUAAUUUAAGCCAUUUCUGUCUCUCUGUCUCUCUCUUUCUCUCUGUCUUUUCAUUCAAUGUUUCUCUUAACUGUGACACUUAACAAACAGACAAAAAAAAAAAGCAACUUAGUGGCAAAAGUAAUGUUGUACUUAUAAUUCUGUACAGAAAUGACAAUGAACUCAAUAUAAAGAUUUUACAAAGUAGACAUCCAUUUGCAAAAAGAGGAAAAAAAUGUUCUGGAUGUAAUAUGUUGAAGCGCAAUGUGCAAAAUUUAAAAAUAAAGAAUAUUUAUUAAUAUGCAUAGU